GACGUCAUCUCUGAGCGCCAGCAGCAGAGAAACAGGGAAAAUGGCGGACGUGGUGAACGUCGGGGUGAAUCUGGACGCUUUCUCUCACGCCAUCAGUGGCAUCCAGGCACUCCGCUCCAGCGUGAGCCGCGUCUUCGAGUCCCUGAAGGACGGCAUGAAGAAUCGGGAGACCCUGGAGGGCCGAGAGAAGCAGUUUAUUGCCGAGUUUCAGGACAACCUGCAGGCAGUCAACAGAGACCUCAAUGAGUUAGAGCGUCUAAGUGGUCUGGUCGGUCGUCCCUCAGAGUCUCAUCCUCUCCAUAACAGCGGUCUGCUCAGUCUGGAUCCAGUUCAGGAUAAAACACCUUUAUACUCUCAGCUUCUGCAGGCCUACAAGUGGUCCAACAAG